GCACAAUAUCAGGAAAUACACCGCUGCUGCUGCUGCAAGUCACAGGAAAGUCCUCCAUCAUGGCCUACCAGGCGGGGUUUCCGGAGGAGCCCAGUGCUUUGGUUAACAACAUCAGCUCCAACAUCCAGAAGCUCACACUGCUGACCUCUGAGCUGCAGAGGGCAGUAUCUCAGCUGGGAACGGAGCAGGACACCAGCCAACUACGGCACACACUGCAACAGAAACAACAGCAAGGUAACCAACUGGCCAAAGAGACAGACAAACUGAUGAAAACCUUCAGUGCACUUCCAGUUGGUACUGAUCAGCGUCAGAGAAAGAUACAAAAAGAACGCCUGUUGAAUGACUUCUCUGCAGCCCUGAACAACUUCCAGAAGAUUCAGCGCCAGGCGGCCGAUAAAGAGAGAGAGUUUGUGGCCCGAGUCAGAGCCAGCUCCAGAGUGUCAGUUGGCCAGCCUGAGGACGGCUUUGGGAAUGUGCCCUCUUUCCAAAGUGAUUCCCAGGUGCAGGCCCAGACUGAGGCCAUCACUGAAGAAGACCUGAGGCUGAUCCAGGAGCGAGAGUCAUCCAUCAGGCAGUUGGAGUCUGACAUCGUAGAUAUCAAUGACAUCUUCAAGGACCUGGGGAUGAUGGUCCAUGAGCAAGGGGACAUGAUAGACAGUAUAGAGGCCAACGUGGAGAGUGCAGAAGUGAAUGUCCAGAGUGCCACACAGCAGAUGGCACGUGCUGCAGAAUAUCAGCGGAGCUCUCGGAAGAAGAUAUGCAUCCUGGUGUUGCUGUUGGCUGUAGCUGCUGUCAUUAUAGGACUCAUCAUCUGGGGAGCUGUUAAAAAAUGAGGCUUCCUCCUACAUCUACGUGUCCUCUCCUGUUUAGUCUGGACCAAGGAUGCAGCAAGAGUCAUUUCCCUCCUCUUUGCAUCCUACAUUUUUUCACUCUCUACAUCAGGAGAAUUACUCAGACUGGCUCUAAUUGAUUUGAUUCUAUUUUUUAAGAUUCCGCAGUCCUUCUUUUCAGGACUACACACUCCAUCACUGUGAAACAACCACAUUUAGCACCAGUGGCUUGACUGUUAUAAUCCGGCUUAACCGAAUCGCAUUGUCUGAUUUUGACAUGAUAGGACAUGAUAGCUCUCUUCAACAGCGCUGAGAGUUCCCCUUUAGACGUGCAGCCAUGAAGGCAUCACUCUAACUUGCAAUGAAGUAAACUGAUGUAGACACUGCAAAAAAAAUCUUACUAAGUGUAUUUUUCUCAUUUCUAGUCAAAAUAUCUCAUCACACUUAAAAUAAGACAUAAUCACCUAAAGAGCAACUUAACCCUCCAGUAUCU